AUGUGGCCAACUGGGACCUGCCUCUACAUGUGGUUAGGCGGGCUCUGCAAAGCACCAAUCACAGAUCACCGCUUCGCUAUAAAUUCAGGCAUCGGGGUUACUGUAGCCCAAUUACUUUCUUUUGAUUACGCUCCCGCCGCCGCUCCCGCUGUCGCGGCCCCCGCCGCCAAGGCCGCCGCCAAGAAGCCGAAGAAGGCGGCGGGCGGCUCCAAAGCCCGCAAGCCGGCGGGCCCCAGCGUCACCGAGCUGAUCACCAAGGCCGUGUCCGCCUCCAAGGAGCGCAGGGGGCUCUCCCUCGCCGCGCUCAAGAAGGCGCUGGCCGCCGGCGGCUACGACGUGGAGAAGAACAACAGCCGCAUCAAGCUGGGGCUCAAGAGCCUCGUCAGCAAGGGCACCCUGGUGCAGACCAAGGGCACCGGCGCCUCCGGCUCCUUCCGCCUCAGCAAGAAGCCAGGAGAAGUGAAGGAAAAAGCCCCGAAGAAGCGGGCAGCCGCGGCCAAGCCCAAGAAGCCGGCGGCCAAGAAGCCCGCCAGCGCUGCCAAGAAGCCCAAGAAGGCGGCGGCGGUGAAGAAGAGCCCCAAGAAAGCGAAGAAGCCGGCGGUCGCCGUGGCCAAGAAAGCGGCCAAGAGCCCCAAGAAGGCGACCAAGGCUGCCAAGCCCAAAAAGGCGGCGGCAGCGGCGAAGAGCCCGGCCAAGGCGAAAGCGGUGAAGCCGAAAGCAGCCAAGCCGAAGGCGGCCAAGCCCAAAGCGGCCAAGGCGAAGAAGGCGGCGCCCAAGAAGUGAAGUGUUGAAGUGGACAUACUUAAACCCAACGGCUCUUUUAAGAGCCACCCACUGUUGUCCGAAAAAGGGCUGAUACACUCCGUCACCGAGCUCCGUGCCUGCAUCAGAGCUAACCACACGCCGCUAGCCGUGUGGGACGUUCGUCUGUGAAGUGGAUGGGACGCUAAGACUUGGAAAAAUAAAGUUUACAUUCCCUGC